CAGCUUUUCAGCGUGAGGUGCCGCAGGUGCGCUGCUCGGGUCGGAGGCUGCGGCUCCAAGGAUUAGUGAAAUGCUUUCUGAAGCAGUCAGAAAUUGAAGAUGUCUAGACAGAACUUGGUAGCCUUGACAGCGACCACCCUUCUGGGAAUAGCAGUGGGUGGGUUUGUCCUGUGGAAAGGACUCCAGCGCAGGAGGAGUAAGGUGAACCCGGUGGCCCAGCCACAGCCACAGCCGCAGCCACAGCCACAGCCACAUCCAGUGGCAGGAGGGAGUGAGCACUCCCCUCCUAGAGAGAACCAGCUAUCUCCUGGUGUCCAGAGACCCUCCAGAGCCUCGUGGGAGGAAAAGAUCCUCCAGGCAAAGGUGGUGACUGUGUCUCAGGAGGCAGAGUGGGAUCAAGUUGAACCCUUGCUUAGGAGUGAAUUAGAAGAUUUUCCAGUACUUGGAUUCGACUGUGAGUGGCCUGGAAGAUGGUCUCAUGUCUUUACUCUCUGCUGCCAUCGUGGGGUUGUUCAAGGAAUCAUGGGCCAUGCCAGAGAUCAGGUGAACCUGGAAGGCAAAGCCAAUCCACUCUCUCUCCUACAAAUGGCCUCCCCAAGUGGCCUUUGUGUCUUGGUUCGCUUGCCCAAACUGAUCUGUGGAGGCAAACCACUACCAAGAACGUUACUGGACCUUUUGGCAGAUAGCACCAUUUUAAAAGUUGGAGUGGGAUGUUCAGAAGAUGCCAGCAAACUUCUGCAGGAUUAUGGCCUCAUGGCUAGGGGGUGCCUGGACCUCCGGUAUCUAGCCAUACGGCAGGGAAACAAUUUCCUCUGUAAUGGGCUUAGCCUGAAAUCACUUGCUGAGACUAUUUUGAACUUUCCUCUUGACAAGUCCCUUCUACUUCGUUGUAGCAACUGGGAUGCUGAGAGUCUUACAGAAGAGCAGGUAACUUAUGCUGCCAGAGAUGCCCAGAUCUCAGUGGCUCUCUUUCUCCAUCUUCUUGGAUACCCUUUCUCCAAGAAUUCACCAGUAGAAGGAAACAGUGACUGUAUCAGUUGGAAAAAUGUCUUGGAGAAAUGCCAGAAUAUGGUAGACGUCCCAUUUCGAAGCAAAGCAUUUAGCAGAUUAGGAGAAGAAGUUAAUGGGGAAACAACAGAGUUUCAGCAGAAGCCAAGAAAUAAAAAGUGUAAGACUGAUGAAAUGGUGCCAGGAAACCACCAGGGGAGAGACCCCAGGAAGCACAAAAGAAAGCCCCUGGGAGUGGGCUAUUCUGCCAGAAAAUCACCUCUUUAUGAUAACUGCUUUCUUCAUGCUCCUGAUGGACAGCCCCUCUGCACUUGUGAUAGAAGAAAAGCUCAGUGGUACCUGGACAAAGGGAUUGGAGAGCUGGUGAGUGAAGACCCUUUUGUGGUCAGGCUACAGUUUGAACCUGCAGGAAGACCUGAAUCCCCAGGAGACUAUUACUUGAUGGUUAAGGAGAACCUCUGUGUAGUGUGCGGCAAGACAGACUCCUACAUUCGGAAGAAUGUUAUUCCACAUGAGUACCGGAAGCACUUCCCCAUUGACAUGAAAGACCACAAUUCCCAUGAUGUGCUGCUGCUCUGUACCUCCUGCCAUGCUAUCUCCAACUACUAUGACAACCAUCUGAAGCAGCAGCUGGCCAAGGAGUUCCAGGCCCCCAUUGGUUCUGAGGAGGGCUUACGUUUGCUGGAGGAUUCUGAGCGCCGGCAGGUGCGUUCUGGGGCCAGGGCUCUGCUCAAUGCUGAGAGCCUGCCUGCACAUCGGAAGGAGGAGCUGCUACAAGCACUCAGAGAAUUUUAUAGCACAGACACCAUUACAGAUGAGAUGCUUCAAGAGGCUGCCAGCUUGGAGACAAGGAUUUCCAAUGAAAAUUAUGUUCCUCAUGGGCUGAAGGUGGUGCAGAGGCACAGCCAGGGUGGGCUGCGCUCCCUCAUGCAAUUGGAGAGCCGCUGGCGACAGCAUUUCCUGGACUCCAUGCAGCCCAAGCAUCUCCCCCAGCAGUGGUCAGUGGACCACAACCAUCAGAAGCUGCUCCGUAAAUAUGGAGAGGAUCUUCCCAUCAAGCUGUCGUGAUUUUGGCUUUCUGCCUAGGUCAGGGAAGGUGGAGUCAAGGUGGAAAAGUCAUCUCUUCCUGUUUUAACACAUCAUCAGUGAUCAAAGCCUGGGUAACACACAAAAGUUCUAACCUACACAAAUCCCAGGGUACUUCUGAUGGAGCAGGGCUGUCAUUUUAGAGCAGCUUGUGGUUUUGAAUUUUAACUGGGAAGUAUCAGUAUUCUUUUUAUUUUCCUCUUUCCUCUUUUAUUUUUGUAGAUGAUGAGGCUUGGCCUUUGUUUAUAUUCUCCUUUUUUGGUUUUCUCUCUGAAAAAGGAAAAUGAAGACUUAAAAUGACUUGUUGGGACUAUGAGAAGAUAUUUGUUAUUGUUUUCUGUUGAUUUAUCUCACUGUGUUGGUUUAUCUCUUAUGGGGGCUGUCCAGUAUUAUCAGUCCAGUCAGGUUAGGAGGGAGAAAAUGUUCUUCUUGAUAUUGAAAAAGUGACCAAGGAGUCAAAUUCAUUUUCCCAGUUCAACCUCAUAGUUCUCAUUUCCCAUAACUUAUCUAGUUUGGCUCCAUCCCACCUUGAUUGUUUCCAUUUGUUUCAUGUAAUUGAAAAUACUCCCCUUUGCACAUAUGGGACCAAAGCAGUGACUUUCUACAUUGUGCUUCCACUCUAACACUGGGGAAAUCCUUUUAUAAAAAUAAGCAUUCAGCCUUGUGUAGGGGGUAGGGGGCAGACAGAAGCACACACCCUCUCUCAGGAGAGCAUUGAUACAUUGCAUGCUUUUUCUCAUGCUAUUUGUUGCCUGUUUAUUACACUUCUGCCCAGACCAUAAGCUUUUCAGAAUAAUCAUUUUCUGAGAGGAAGAUUAUCUUUUCUCAGACUUAGUAUCAGCUCCCCUUAGUGUUCUAUGCUCCAUUAGAUUUUCACUAUUAGACUUUCACUAUUCUCAGCACUUAAUUUACUCCCAGAGCCUGUUGGACAGGUUGUAGUAUGAGGAUGUCACUUCAUCUGAAGCCUGGGACAUCAAGAUUAAUAUUAAGCAUUUAAAGGCUAAUGUUUUAUCUUUUAAAAUGUUAGGCGACUACUUCGACAAUGAAAUCAAUUUACUAGUGACUAGUAUUUUCUAAACUAUUAGGAAGACUUUCUUCUUUUGCAGGAUCUUAACAAGUUAAAAAAUGAAUUUUAUGGUCAGAAUCCAACAAGAACUCUAUUUUGGAAUUGUGCACAAGUUUGUGAUAAUUUGACAUUAAUAAAUAAAACUACUUGUAA